AUGCACGGCCAGUCGUCGACCUCGCAGCGCAAGCGCUACCUGUGCACUGUGUGCCAGAAGAUGUUUGCCCGUCCGUCGACGCUUGCCACGCACAUGCACUCGCACACGGGCGAGAAGCCGUAUGAGUGCACCUGGGACAGCUGCGGCAAGCGGUUCUCGGUCAUGAGCAACCUGCGUCGCCACCAGCGGAUCCACGAGCGCCAGCGCGCCAAG